AUGAACCUGCAAGUUGCGUCAACGCAACAAGCAGCCAACUCGGAACUUUGUUCAACACUCUGCUUCGGUGAUAUCAGUGCGAGUUGGAAAGCCCGUGCGAGCGACGUUUCGACUGUACAAGGGACAGUUACGUUGCAGACGCCUGUUGCCCGUCAUGUCGGCCAAGUCGAUGCUGCUGACGUCUCCUGGCCAGAAUUCGACGACUCCUUGGGUGGGGUCCAGCCUGCUGGCAAGAGCGUGGCUGCAUUGUCCGUCGCCAUCGUCGCCAUCGUCGCCGUCCCCGUCCGUGAUCCUCAAUCCAAUGAACCACUGGAUCGAAUCCAACGCAUCGACUAA